AAAGAAAACGAACGGUUCAAGUUAAUUUUGGGUACCAUUAAAAUGCUAAAAUUAUUCUGCUUGACUGUACUAAAAAUAUAUUUUAUGCGACUCAUAUUAUCAGAUUUAUUUUGUAUAGUUUUUCGAAAGCGAAAUAAUCAGAAGCCGACUAGCUUCCCUUCUCCCUUCUUCCAAGGAAAAAGAAUUCCCACGGCAGUUCGGGCUUGGGUACACAUCCCACCCGCGAUUCCACCGGCGUUCCCGUCGCCGGUUCGUAGUGGGAGCCGGAGCUCUUCGGGGCUUCGGGGAACGGAAGGUGCCCAUGGCCAUGGGUGCUCCUAGGGGGAUUCUCAAUUCUCAACGUUGCGCACGCUCGAGUCUCUCUCAGUUGAGCUGCAGCACGAGUCUGCAAAAAAGAUGAAGGCGACAGUACUGGAGAGUGCCAGACAGCUAGAGCGAGUGGGCACCCCACGCCCACCGCUCGGUUCCUUCGUCAUCAUCUUUAUCUCCUCCACCGUUUCAUCCAUCUUUCGUUUCCAUCUGUCAAUGGGCGAGAAGCCCAGCUCGAAUCGUACCCCGUUCUCCAUCCAUGUGCAAGAAGUCCAGCUCUACAGACGCGCUGCCCUCCGCCGCUUCUCGCCGCUCCUCCGCCGCCAACCUCACCUCCUCCUCAUCAGCUCGCACGGCCUCCUCCACCUUCUCAGCCACCGGACCCCGAAACACCGCCGCCGCCGCCAACAUCUCCUCCUCCUCCACCACCGCCGCCGCUUCCUCCUCCUCCAGGUCCAGCGGCCGCUCCAGCCUGGCCGCGGCCCGCGCCUCGCUCCCGGACCCGCCCGUCCUCUACUCCUUCCAGGAGCUCGCCGCCGCCACCAACAGCUUCCUCGCCAAGCGCGCCUCCGACUCUUCCGACUCCGCCUACCCUUACUGGCGCUGCGUCCUCCGCGCCCGCCACGCGGCGCUCUUCCAGCUCCGCUCCUCCCCUGGCCUCACCAAGGCCGCCGCGUCCGCCGCGCUCGCCCGGGUCGCCAGGUACCACCACACCGGCCUCGCGCCCCUCCUCGGCGCCUGCCUCGCCGGCCCCCACGUCUACCUCGCCUACGAGCUCCCCGACCCCUCCGCCGCCACGCUCGCCGCCUGCCUGCAGCCCCGCAAGAACCGAAACAACGCCGCCGGGUUCACCGUCCUCCGCACCUGGCUCUCCCGCGUCCAGAUCGCCGCCGACGUGGCCCAGGGCCUCGACUACGUCCACACCCACGCCGCCCAGAUCCACGGCCGCGUCUCCCCCUCCGCCGUCCUCGUCUCCGACCCCGGCCUCCGCGCGCGCCUCACCCACUUCGGCGCCUCCCAAUUCGCCGCCGCGGAAUCCGAUUCCUCAGCCGACGCGCCGUCGAAGGAGGCGGACGUGUACGCGUUCGGGGUGCUGCUGCUGGGGCUGCUGUCCGGGGAGGCGGCGGCGGCGAGGCACCGGUUCGACGGGGCCACCGGGGAGUUCGUGCGGGUGACGGUGGUGGAGACGGCGGCGGAGGCGGCCAGGAGCGGGCGGGUGAGGGGAUGGGUCGACAGGCGGCUCGGGGACUCGUUCCCCGUGGCGGCCGCGGAGAGGCUGGUGGAGGUCGGGAUCCGGUGCGCGGCGGCCGAGGCGGCGGACCGGCCGGACAUGUCGUGGGCGGCAGGGAAGGUGUCCAAGGCGUACGUGGAGUCCAUUGCGUGGGAACACAGCCUCCGGCCGCCAACCAACUCGGAGUUCUCCGUCUCGCUGGCGCCGCGCUGACCGUUCCUUCGAUUUUUCUUUUUCUUUUUCGGUUUCGGUUCUUCUUCUCGAUUGAUCGGGACUGAACUGAGCUGAUCGAGUUGGGCUGCUUGAGUGAGCAACCACCAAUCUCUCUCGUCAUCACUCAUCAACAUCACAUCAAUCCUUCCGGAGUGUGAUCGGUGGGGAUUUUUAGGAACUGAACUAGAAUAGAGUUGGCCAGUUAAUUAACAGAAAACCAUACCGAGCGUACUGAACUUCCAUCUCAACAUGGCAAGUAGGAGCGUUUUUCUUUCUGAACCUAACUUCCAGUAGAUUGAUGAAAUCUGAGAACAAGCGAGGGACAAACAAAUCUUUUCUUUCACACAACAA